AUGUCUUCCCCUCUUCCCCUCCCCCACGUGUCCAGCACCGAACUCUUCAUCGCCGAAGUCCGCGAAGACCUCAUUAACGACAUUGCAUCCAUCUCUACCCCCAGUUCCAAAUCAGAUCUCCUCACCUCGAUUCGAAGCCUCGCCUUCCAAUUCCUCAAAGACGCCGCUCACCGACCACCGCAUGAGCACGAGCACUCGAGGCAGGGGCUCGAGGUUCUUUGGCACAUGUUUACCGACCUCGCCAAGGCCUUGGACCAGGACGACGGUUUCCAGGACAAGCUCAUCUCGCUGCUGUUGUGGACUAGGGAGUAUGAUCGUCUGUACAAGAGGAUACAUGGGAUCGAGGGGGUCGAGAACGGCUGGGAGUCGUACGGUUUGGGUGACGUCCUGAAAGCGUCGUGGGAGCAGGUCGUUGCUACCGGAACACCAGAAGAACAGCGCAAUCUUGCGUCUUUCUCCUCCAAAGCCCUCUCCGUCGGUAUCUGUCGAGACUCUGUCGGCCAAACGGCCCUCUGGCUCCUCCGCGAAGCCCUCGAAACUUCAGAUGAAGAAAGGUCCUUUUCACUCCUGCCCGCGGCUAUCGUAUGGAUUGAAAAUGCCUACCAUAGCCUACUCGCCUUUUCGGCCAUUGAGAAAUCCUACAAAGACGAUCCCCAGGCCGUGGCUGGCCUGUCGUCACCCGGUGCGUUGGCUCAAGCUGCAGGAGUCGAUGACCACGGCUUCACUAUGAAGCGGUGA